ACCGCCACUUCCAGUUGUUGCAUCAGGCGCAGUGAUGGCGGCUUCCCUGUACAGCCAGUUGCUUAGCGCUGGUGAUGUGGAGAGCAGGGCGCAGGUUCUGAACCAAUACCUUGCCACUCGCAGUUACAUCAGCGGAUUCACCUUCUCCCACGCUGAUGUGGAGGUGUUCCGGUGCCUUGCACACCCACCCCCCGAUCACUGCUACCACCUGCUGCGCUGGUACAGGCACAUCACAGCUAUUUGGGAUAGCGCCCAAGAUAAUGCCAAGACCUGUACACUCCACCCAUCCAAAGGCAAGAGAAUUCAGCCACCGUGGGCCCCACCAGCGGCAACAGACCAACCCACCUUACGUCUGUACAACAGUCUGACUCGCAGCAAGGAAAUCUUUCAGCCUCAGAAUGGGAAACAGGUGCUAUGGUACUGCUGCGGGCCCACCGUAUAUGAUGCUUCUCACAUGGGACACGCCAGGUCUUACAUCUCCUUUGACAUUCUGAGGCGGAUCCUAAUGAACUACUUCAAUUACGACGUCUUUUACUGCAUGAACAUCACCGAUGUGGACGACAAGAUCAUCAAGCGAGCCCGGCACAACCACCUGUUUGAGGAAUACAAGGGCCGGAGCCCGGCUGCAGCCCAGUUGGUGCAGGAUGUCACUGCUGCUUUGAAGCCUUUCUCCGAGAAGUUGUCUGAAACCACAGACCCGGACAAAAAGCAGAUGCUGGAACGGACUCACAGAUCGGUGAUGUCCGCACUCACAUCCCUGCAGCAGCCGCUUCCCGGAGAGGAGAUCACCAGGCAGACCGAGUUGUUGCAGGUGUUGCUGGACCAGGCAAAGGACGUGCUGUGUGAUUGGCUGGAUGACCAGUACGGGAGUCAGCUAACUAAGAACUCCAUCUUUUCCACACUGCCCCAGCACUGGGAGGCUGAUUACCAUCAGGACAUGGAUGCUCUUAAUGUUUUGCCGCCGGAUGUUUUGACCCGAGUCAGUGAGUACAUGCCCGAGAUUGUGCAGUUUGUUGCCAAGGUGAUGGACAACGGUUAUGGGUACGUCUCCAAUGGUUCUGUUUACUUUGAUACAGUCAAAUUUAGUAAUAGUGAGAAGCAUUCAUACGCCAAGCUGGUACCUGAGGCUGUGGGAGACCAGAAGGCUCUACACGAAGGGGAAGGGGAUUUGAGCAUUUCUGCUGAUCGACUGAGUGAGAAGAAAUCAUCAAAUGACUUUGCGCUCUGGAAGGCCUCGAAGCCUGGAGAACCGUCCUGGGACUCGCCCUGGGGCAAGGGUCGCCCUGGUUGGCACAUCGAAUGCUCAGCAAUGGCUGGUGCCAUCCUGGGAGAAUCCAUGGACAUCCACGGGGGAGGCUUUGACCUGCGCUUCCCCCAUCAUGACAAUGAGUUGGCACAGUCUGAGGCAUACUUUGAUAACGACCACUGGGUGCGGUACUUUCUGCACACCGGUCACCUCACCAUCGCGGGCUGCAAGAUGUCCAAAUCCUUAAAAAACUUCAUCACCAUCAAAGAUGCACUGAGCAAGCACACAGCCCGCCAGCUUCGCUUGGCAUUCCUCAUGCACUCCUGGAAGGACACACUGGACUAUUCCAGCAACACCAUGGAGUCAGCCAUUCAGUAUGAGAGGUUCUUAAAUGAGUUCUUCCUGAAUGUGAAAGAUAUCCUCCGGACACCAACCAGCAUCACCGGGCGGUUUGAGAAGUGGCAACAACAUGAGCUGGCCGUCAACAAAGGGUUUGGGGAGAGGAAGCGAGCGGUGCAUGCGGCACUGUGUGACAAUGUGGACACCCGCACGGUGCUGGAGGAGCUCCGGGGCCUCAUCACUCAGUGCAACACCUACAUUGCGCUGGAGAAGAGCAGCAAACGCCUGCCCAACCGCCUGCUGCUCAACCGCAUCGCAACCUACAUCACACACAUGUUCAAGGUCUUUGGAGCAAUAGAGGGCGAGGAGCCCAUUGGAUUCCCAGUUGGAAGUGCCAGCCAUAGUGUGAACCUUGAAACCACAGUCAUGCCAUACCUGAAGGCCAUGUCAGAUUUCCGGGAGAGCGUGCGCCACAUCGCCCGUGAGAGGAGAGUCAGUGAGGUGCUGCGGGUGUGUGAUUCUCUCAGAGACGACGUGCUCCCAGAACUUGGUGUGAGACUCGAGGAUCACGAAGGGCUGCCCACUGUGGUGAAGUUGGUUGACAGAGAGACUCUGCUUAAGGAACGAGAGGAGAAGAAAAAGAUUGAAGAGGAGAAGAGGAGGAAAAAGGAGGAGGCGUUGCAGAAAAAACAACAGCAGGAGGAAGCGAGGCUUGCCAGGAUGAAAAUCCCCCCCAGUGAGAUGUUCCGAUUGGAGAAGGACAAAUAUUCCAAAUUUGAUGAGAAUGGGUUCCCCACUCACGACAUUGAGGGAAAGGAGCUGAGCAAAGGGCAGAGCAAGAAGCUGAGGAAAGCAUAUGAGGCGCAGGAGAAGCUGUACAGCGAGUACGUCCACACCCUGCAGAGCGAGAGCUGAGGUCAGGCAGCGCUUGCCAGCCGUCUGACCGGAGACUGGGGGGCAGCAAAGUGGAGUGUGUGAGUGAGUGAGUGUGAACAUACCAAUUAGUGUAAAUGUGAGAGCGAGUGAGUAAAUCCAUUGACCAUUGACUGUAACCUCUUGAUUGGGGAGGCAAACCAUGAAUGAAAAUUCCAAUGAAGGAGGGCUUUCCCUGCCCCUGGUGUCCAGCUGAGGGCUGUGGGCAGGGUCUGGUCUCCAGCUCACACACAGACAUUUGGCUUUUGAUGUAUUUGUCAAUCUGAUUGUGACAAACACUGCAACUGCAAUAAUGAAUAAAUGAAGCUUUGAACUUUGAUGAAUAGGAA